AUGCGUUACAACGAUGAGAUCGCCGGGGAACCCCUCAGCCAGGACACCAAGGCCCACCCCAUCCGUGACCAUGGCGAGAAGGCCGAGAUCGACUCCGAGCGCAACAUCUACGAGGCCGGCAUCGAGAAGUACAACCGCCUGGGCUGGAAGCGCCUGACCGUGGUGCUGAUCGUCGAGGCCAUCGCCCUGGGCAGUCUGUCCAUCCCCUCCAGCUUCGCCACCCUGGGCAUGGUGGCCGGCGUCAUCACCACCGUCGGCCUGGGCCUGGUGGCCAUCUACACCAGCUACGUCGUCGGCCAGGUCAAGCUGAAGUUCCCCGAGGUCGCCCACUACCCCGAGGCCGGCCGCCUGAUGUUCGGCCGCGCGGGCUACGAGAUCAUCUACGGCAUGCUGGGCCUGCAGCUGCUGUUCCUGACCGGCUCGCACUGCCUGACCGGCACCAUCGCCUUCGCCACCAUCACCGACAGCAGCAUCUGCUCCAUCGUCUUCGCCGUCGUGUCCGCCAUCCUGCUGCUCUUCCUCGCCGUGCCCCCCAGCUUCGCCGAGAUGGCCAUCCUGGGCUACGUCGACUUCGUCUCCAUCAUCGCCGCCAUCCUGAUCACCAUCAUCGCCACCGGCAUCACCAGCGCCAGCGACGCCGGCGGCCUGUCCGCCGUCGACUGGUCCGCCUGGCCCAAGGAGGGCAUCACCUUCACCGACGCCUUCAUCGCCAUCACCAACAUCGUCUUCGCCUACAGCUUCGCCAUGUGCCAGUUCUCCUUCAUGGACGAGAUGCACACCCCCGCCGACUACGUCAAGUCCAUCUGGUCCCUGGGCCUGAUCGAGAUCGUCAUCUACACCCUGACGGGCGCCAUCAUCUACGCCUUCGUCGGCCAGGACGUCCAGAGCCCCGCCCUGCUGUCGGCCGGCGGCACCGUCAGCCGCGUGGCGUUCGGCAUCGCGCUGCCCGUCAUCUUCAUCAGCGGCUCCAUCAACACGGUGGUGCUGGGCCGCAUGGUCCACGGCCGCAUCUUCAAGAACUCGCCCAUCCGCUUCAUCAACACCAAGAUGGGCUGGAUCACCUGGCUGGCCCUGAUCACCGUCAUCACCUUCGUGGCCUUCGUCAUCGCCGAGGUCAUCCCCUUCUUCUCCGACCUGCUGUCCAUCUCCUCGUCGCUGUUCAUCUCCGGCUUCACCUUCUACUUCCCCGCCCUGAUGUGGUUCCUGCUGAUCCGCGAGGGCAGCUGGACCUCCCCCAAGAACCUGGCCCUGGGGGCGCUGAACCUGCUGUGCCUGCUCAUCGGCCUGAUCACCUUGGGCGCCGGCACCUACGCCAGUGUGGAUGAUAUCAUCAUCAACUACCGCGACGGCACCGUCCGGGGCGUGUUCUCCUGCGCGGUCCCCUCCUAA